CAAGACUUGACCGUCCGCAAUACAUUCCGAUCCCAGUACCGACCAUUGCCCCUAGCAGUCAAGACACGCGGGCAGUUUAACACAAAUCCACGAUGUUCAAAUCCACAAUUCUGGCCAUCCUGCUGCCGGCAGCCGUUUUUGGGUUAGCCGUUCGACCAUGUGAAAACAACGCCCCGGUCCCGCAGGAAGUUCGCGUCCUCGACUGCGUCCAGGAACCGUGCGUGAUCCCGAUGGGCGGCAUGGUCGACAUGGAUCUGGACUUUAUUGCCGACCGGGCCUCGGCCACCGUCGAGGCCACCCUGGAUAUCUUCCUCGGAAACUUCCGCGUGCCCUACGACCUUCCGGUGGAACAGCGCAACGCGUGCAACUUCUUCAAGGGACGAGGCUGCCCGAUCCAGGCCGGUGAGUUCAUCAACUACCACCUGAGCACUCCGGCCUCGGCUCCGUUUGCCGACGUGACCGUAGAUCUGCGACUUCAGCUGACAGCCGCCGAUGGAGCGCCGCUGUUCUGCUUCCGCUCGUCGGCUACCAUUGUUCCAGCUUAAACGUACUUAAUUGCUCAAUAAAAAAAAUGCUGUAACUACCUGUCAAAA